AUGUCUGUCAAGAGACCCACCAUGGACCUGGGUUCCGUCCUGGUAGUUGGAGGAUGCGGCUUUCUAGGAUCUCACAUUGUUGAUCAGUUGCUGAACUUUCCUUCCGAGACCGAUCCCAGCGCUGCCCUUCCGAAGCCCGAGGGAGAUAGCCGAUUUGACUAUCCCAAGCUUGGAGAUCGCUACCCGCGAUGCAUUGCCAAAGUCUCCGUGGCUGACCUGAAAACUACGAACAACCGAUUGCCUGGCGCACAAUACUACGAAGCCGACCUAACUUCGACCGAAUCGAUGCUGGAGGUCUUCCGCGCGACCAAGCCUGAUGUGGUUAUUCAUACGGCGAGUGCGAUGUUGACAGACAAGAAAUUACUCCACAAACUUAACGUCGAGGGAACAAAGAACUUGCUAGAGGUUGCGGGUGGUGCCCGUGGAGACUGGGGUGGAAAGUGCAAGGCAUUCGUGUACACGAGCUCAGCCUCUGUUAUCCAUGACACACAGAGUGACCUGAAACAUGUGAACGAGGACUGGCCCCUGGUCAGAGGAAAGCUGCAGCAGGAGUACUACUCGGAUACAAAGGCCGAAGCUGAAGAGGCUGUCCUUAAAUACAACCGCUCAUCGCCCUCCUCGAUGUUGACCUGCGCGCUUCGUCCUUCCGGUAUCUACGGUGAAAAGGAUGGCCAGGUCAUUCUCAAUAUGCUCAACCAUGGUGUGAAUGCAUCCUCGAUGGUCCUCAAGAUGCAGCUAGGUGAAAACGACAACCUGUUCGACUUCACAUACGUCGGAAAUGUAGCAUACUCCCACCUGUUGGCUGCUUUCCGCCUUGGCGCAAUCCACAAACGCGUCGACUCCGGUCAAGGCGACCUCCUAGACUACGAGCGCGUGGACGGCGAGGCCUUCCUCAUCACCAACGACCAACCCAUCUACUUCUGGGACUUCACCCACUACAUCUGGGCUUUAGCCGGCAAAGUCGUCGAACCAAACCAGGUGUGGGCGCUUCCCGAGUCCCUUCUCGGUCCCAUCGGCGCGCUCGCAGAAACGGUCUUGGGCCUUCUCGGCAAGACACCGAAGUUGACAAGGCGGGCUGUCCGGUACUCGUGCAUGACGCGGUACUACUCUUGCAACAAAGCUAAGCAAAGACUCGGAUAUUCUCCUAUUGUCCCUCUUGACGAGGGUGUUGCCCGUGCUGUCGGAUACUUCUUGGAACGCUGGCGACUAGACGGCGAGAAGAAAGGGCUGUGA